AUGCCAGCGGGCUCCAGCUCCAGCCAGAGGCUCCUGCCGCAGGCCCCAUGCUCCAUGCCAGGCCCAGCCCCAAUAACUGCAGUACAGCUGCCCAGCAAUACCAAUUGUGUUUUUCACAUGUGAUUCUAAAUUUCCCCUUGUAUGUCUGCCGGGGUGUGGCUUCAACCGGUUUACCUUUGUUUUUUUGAAAUGAUGGGAAUUUUUAAACCGGUGUCCCUGGUCUCGGUCGCUUCAACCAAUAAGGGUUGGUUUCACGUUCUGAUUCCCUUCUUGUUAGCUGGAAAUUCUCCCCACAUAAAAAUUUUUGCCCGUUUUUGGGGGGCGCCCCAACCCGGGGGUCGGGUAAUUUGGCAGAAUUUGUUUUUUCUUCCAAAACCCUUUGACCCCUCCCCCUUCUUUAAAACCCAAACUUUCCUCUUAAAAGGCUUCUGAAAAACCAGGUGAUUUUUAAAAACCCCCUCCACCCAAUGGACCCUUCUUUCUUUUCAAACCCAACCAUAUGCCCUCUUCUCUCUUCUCUUUAAACCCACAUGUGACCCCUCUCUCUCCUACCCACCAAAGCCCCCUCUUCUCCCCCUUUCUCUUUCCCCCACCAUAUGCCCCUUCUCUUCUUCUUUUACCCCCCCGUGACCUCUUUUUUCUCCUUCUUACAACCAAGGACCCUCCUUUCCCCUCCCCUCUUACCCCCAUAGUGACCCUUUCCUCUUCCCCACCAAAAUGACCCUCCCCUUACCCCAAAGGGACCUCUCCUCUUUACCCCCCCAAAAACCCUGUCUUUACCCCCCAUAUGCCCCUUCUUUUUUUCCCCCUUUUUGACUCCCUCUUCUUACCCCCCCCCAAAGGACCUCCUCUUUUCCCCACCAAACCUCUUCCCUUUACCCACCUAUCCUCCUUUUUACCCACCUGGCCUUCUCCUUUUCCCCCAAGUCCCCCUUCUCUUUUACCCCCCAAAGUGAUUCCCUCUUACCCCCUAUAAACCCCCCCCUCCAUUACCCCACUAAUGCCCGCUCUCUAUACUCACCUAUUUCCUUUUUCCCCCCCUGUACCUUUCUUUCCCUAAAUCUCCUUCCUCUUCUCCUUACCACCAUAAGACCUCUCUCUUUUACCACAUAUGCCCUCCUCUCUUACCCCCCCAUAGUGCCCCUUUUCUCUUACCCACCUAGUGACCUCUCCUCUUACCCCCCCAUUAGUCAUCUUCCUUUUACCCACCAUAGGUUUUUCUUCCCCCAACCAUAUUGACCUCCCUAUUUUUACCCCAAAGUGAUCUCUUCUCUUACCCCCCAUAGAGACCCUCUCUCCCUCUCUUCCCCCCAAAGUGCCCUCUCUCCUCUUACCCAGCAAUAGGGGACCUUCUCUUUUCUUUUUACCCAGAUAAUGCCCCUCCGCUCUCUACCCCCAUAGUGACCCUUCUCUCUCUUCCCACCAUUGUGACCUCUCUCUCUCUUACCCCCAUAAUGACCUCGCUUCUUACCCCCCAUAUAAACCCCCUUCUUUACCCACCAUAGGACCUCUCUCUCACCACCAUAGUGCCUCUCUUUUAAACCCCCAUAUGAUCUCUUCUCUCUCUUCUUCCCCACCAUAAUGACCUCCCCUUUUACCCCCAUAGUGCCCCUUCUCUUUACCCCCAUAGGACCCUCCUCUUUACCCCCAUAGUGACCUCUCUUCUUACCCACCAUGGGAUCUCUCUUACCCCCAUAUGACCCUCUUUUUUUACCCACCAUAGACCCCCCCCAAUCUUUUACCCGAAGUAUCUCUCUUGUCCCCCCCCCAUAGAGACUCUUUCUCUUCUUCCCCCCAAAAAAGUGACCCCCUUCUCUCUUCCCCGCAUGGGCCCCCCUUUUUCUUUCUCUCUCUUACCCAGCAAAGACCUGUUUCUCUUACCCACCAUGUGACCUCUCCCUUUUACCCACCUUGGGCCCUCCUUUUACCCACCAUAUGCCUCGCUCUCUACCCCCCCAAAGUGCCUCUCCUCUUACCCCCAAGUACCUUCUCUCCUUUACCCCCCAUAGUCCCCUCCUCUCUUACCCCCCAUAGUGAACUCUCUCUCCUCCCCUUCUUACCCACCAUAGUGCCUCUUUCUCUCCCCAAAUUGGACCCUUCCCCCGGUCAAAACUGGGGGGCAGGGAUAAAAGGCAGGACUUUCUUCUAACCUGGUCCCAGUUCUGGUUUGCAUCUGUUUGGCCAGGACAACGACUAUAGGAGCAACACAAACAGAUCUGGAACCAGGUGGUAGCAUGUAGCAUUGUAGCAUGUAGAGUGUAGCUGAUGAUGAAAAUACUUUCUAACCCAGAGUAGUGUUUACACCCAUACUGGGUGCUCCCUCAGUCUAAAGCCACUCUAACAAGUCAUAGGUGCAACAAUCAGGACCCUAUAAACCAACACUUAGUUAGACUACUUCAAGGCAUUCUACAGGCUUUUUUUUAAAUUAUUUUUAAAAAACUCUCACCUUCCAGAUCUGAUAUCCUUCUUCAAAACUGUCCUCAGUUGAGUUGUGAGUGCUUCGUUAGUCAGUCUGAUAUCUCUUAGAACCUGGACCAGGAACAAGAGUGUCAGCGUAGCGUAGCGUAGCGUAGCGUAGCGUAGCACAGGAAGGGAGCACAGGGUAGUGGAUGGCUUGUUGGAGCGGAGGGGAAACCCACAACACACCAGACAGACUACAACUUUAUAUUAUCAACAGCCCCCCCUCAUGUGCUCCUAGCGGCACAGAGACAACCCGCUCUCAGUUUGGCUGAGGAGGCCGCCUUGCCGUCUCCUCCUCCUCCUCACCCCUCCUCCCCCUGUCUUGACCUUUUUUGUAGGGGCUUCUUGGCUUGCACUCUCUAAGGGAGGGAGGGAGGGGGAGAGAGGGGAGAGAGGGAGAGAGGGAGAGAGAAGGGAGGGAGGGAGGGAGGGAGGGAGGGAGGGAGGGAGGGAGGGAGAGAGAGAGAGGGAGGGAGAGAGGGAGGGAGGGAGUAGACCCCUGCUGAAGUAUGUUUUAAAGACAUCCCUCCCUCUCUCUUUCUGUAGCAACAAUAAAGACAGAAAGCAGGUGUUUGUGAAAAGAGAGAAAGUCAGAGCCGGUAAGAUUUGAGAUGGGGUUAAGUUCAACAGGAAGUCAACUUUAGCGGAGAAAGAUGGAAAUAUUUAUGGACAUGACAUCAAAAUAUACAAGUGUUUAUCUUCAUGGCUGAGAGUCAGCACAUUGGCACGUAGUCAUUAGACUGGUAUUAUCUAGGCAUGUGACCCUCAUUGAAAAGGUGAGGGAGCGAGCGAGAGAUACGUAGAGGUAGGUGGGCAGAGCAGGAGAGCAGGUUUUCUGUUGCAACUAUGGCCUAUUUAUUGCCUUACCUCCAUAACUUGCUACAUUUGCACACACUGUAUAUAUAUUUUCUGUUGUAUUUUUUUUGACUUAUGUUUUGUUUUACCCCCAUAUGUAACUCUGUGUUGUUGUUUUUUAUCGCACUGCUUUGCUUUAUCUUGGCCAGGUCGCAGUUGUAAAUGAGAACUUGUUCUCAACUGGCUUACCUGGUUACAUAAAGGUGAAAUAAAAUAAAUAUAAAUAAAUGUUCAGUUCUCCCUCUCUCAAUUCCAAUUCAAAGGGCUUUAUUGGCAUGGGAAUCUUUAUUUUCUCUCUCUUUCUCUGUGUUGACACGUCCUCAUGGACUGUUGAGGUUUCCCUGUACAGAGAUGAACAGUUUUAAAAGGCUUCUAAAGUUUGUCAUUUCAAUUUUGAAAUUUCAGACUUGAUUUGCCCCUAACGAAAAAUGUAUCAAUCCCUACAAAAAUGGCCAUUAAUUAUAAUCCACAUAAUAAACUGCCUCCAAUUUAAGAUCCUACAUCUGUAACUGAUUAAAACCCUGAUUAUGAGUACUUAUAUGUUGAAUGGUUGCCUCAGGAUUGUCAACGGAAACACAUUUAAGUCAAACUUGAGUUUCCAACAACCAGAGAACAGUCAGAGCUAUGUGUUUAAGAGAGUUGGCACAGUACAUACCGUAUUGGACAUGCCAGGCUGCCCAUCCACUGGUUCCUUCAUCUCCACUCUCGCUUUUCUCUGAGAGACUAUGACUCUGCUGCCCUCCUUUGGCCAGGGAUAUUCACUGCAGGCCAGGGUUUAGGGUUAGGGUAACGGUCACUGUUUCAAGCUCAGAGCGGUUGACUUUUUCCAGUUUGGGCCUGAGUUUUCCUUGAAGUCCGGUCUGUCUACAGUGUUGUUACUCCAACAGGUCGGCAUGAGUUUGUAGAGGAAGUCUGGACAUUUAUCUGGAGCCGGCAUCCUGUAGCAAGCAAUGAUGUCGCUGUAGCCUGGAUCACAGAGAAAAGCCAUAAGAUCAAUGAAUCAACCAAUCAAAUGUAUUUAUUAAGCCCUUUUUACAUCACUAGUUGUCACAAAGUGCCUUAACGGUCGUGAGAGGAAACUUUUCCUGAUCCAAACGUUCAUUUCUGCCCGACGUAGAAUUCUAUGCAAUUCAUUGUCGGGUCUUCAGGCUUUUCAAACCUCUCCUCGGAAACCACCAGCCGUUCCAUGUAUUUGAACUAUUCUAGAACACCUGAUUUAACUUGUCAACUAAUCAUCCAAGCCCUUGAAUAGGUGAAUCAGGUGAGCUAGUUGAGGGCUAGAACACGGAGAGGUUUGAGAACCACUGGGUGAUCAUGACAUACCUGGAUAGGGGUCCCCACCAUAGCAUCUCGUAGAGCUGAUCCCCAAAGGACCAGACAUCUGACCUGUUGGAGAAAACGACCGUGGCUCUGAACCCCAAAGGACAAGACAUCUGACCUGUUGGAGAAACGACCGUGGCUGAUGGCCUCUGGGGAACUCCACUUGCAGGGGACAUUCUUCUCCUCAGACACGUAGAAGGGCUCCUGAGGAAUGAGGAUGUGAAAAGAGAUCGAAGGUUCUAUGAGCUAGGGACUAUGCUAGUCACUCAAUGGGAUAUCCUUCCGCCUGGCGUCAGGAUGAGACGAGAUAUUCAUAUCAGAGUAAUUCCAUGCCACGGGGUGUGAUGCACGUUCCCCAACCCCCUAUAAAUGCCUUGGUGCGUAGCAUCACUUCCUCGAGACUCUUACAGAGGCUACAAGAGAACCGACGUCUGGACAAGGGUGCGAUGUGCACGGUCCAGUAGGGGAUCCGACGCCAAAACAUCCGGUCCCAUUGCAUCCUUCAGUAGCUUGGUGAAGAAGUCGGUGGGGCGAGAGCCCAUAGUGACCUCUCUCUCUCUCUCUCUCUCUUACCCACCAUAGUGACCUCUCUCUCUCUCUUACCCACCAUAAUGACCUCGCUCUCUCUUACCCACCAUAGUGACCUCUCUCUCUCUUACCCACCAUAAUGACCUCGCUCUCUUACCCACCAUAGUGACCUCUCUCUCUCUUACCCACCAUUGUGACCUCUCUCUCUCUUACCCACCAUAAUGACCUCGCUCUCUUACCCACCAUAGUGACCUCUCUCUCUUACCCACCAUAGUGACCUCUCUCUCUUACCCACCAUAGUGACCUCUCUCUCUUACCCACCAUAGUGACCCCUCUCUCUUACCCACCAUAGUGACCUCUCUCUCUUACCAACCAUAAUGACCUCGCUCUCUAUUACCCACCAUAAUGACCUCGCUCUCUAUUACUCACCAUAGUCAUCUCUCUCUUACCCACCAUAGUGACCUCUCUCUUACCCACCAUAGUGAUCUCUCUCUCUCUCUCUCUCUUACCCACCAUAAUGACCUCUCUCUCUUACCCACCAUAGUGACCUCUCUCUCUUACCCACCAUAGUGACCUCUCUCUCUUACCCACCAUAGUGACCUCUCUCUCUUACCCACCAUAGUCAUCUCUCUCUUACCCACCAUAGUGAUCUCUCUCUCUUACCCACCAUAUUGACCUCCCUAUCUCUUACCCAGCAUAGUGAUCUCUCUCUCUUACCCACCAUAGAGACCUCUCUCUCUCUCUCUUACCCACCAAAGUGACCUCUCUCUCUCUUACCCAGCAUAGUGACCUCUCUCUCUUUCUCUCUCUUACCCAGCAUAAUGACCUCGCUCUCUUACCCACCAUAGUGACCUCUCUCUCUCUUACCCACCAUUGUGACCUCUCUCUCUCUUACCCACCAUAAUGACCUCGCUCUCUUACCCACCAUAGUGACCUCUCUCUCUUACCCACCAUAGUGACCUCUCUCUCUUACCCACCAUAGUGACCUCUCUCUUACCCACCAUAGUGAUCUCUCUCUCUCUCUCUCUUACCCACCAUAAUGACCUCUCUCUCUUACCCACCAUAGUGACCUCUCUCUCUUACCCACCAUAGUGACCUCUCUCUCUUACCCACCAUAGUGACCUCUCUCUCUUACCCACCAUAGUCAUCUCUCUCUUACCCACCAUAGUGAUCUCUCUCUCUUACCCACCAUAUUGACCUCCCUAUCUCUUACCCAGCAUAGUGAUCUCUCUCUCUUACCCACCAUAUUGACCUCCCUAUCUCUCUCUUACCCACCAAAGUGACCUCUCUCUCUCUUACCCAGCAUAGUGACCUCUCUCUCUUUCUCUCUCUUACCCAGCAUAAUGACCUCGCUCUCUUACCCACCAUAGUGACCUCUCUCUCUCUUACCCACCAUUGUGACCUCUCUCUCUCUUACCCACCAUAAUGACCUCGCUCUCUUACCCACCAUAGUGACCUCUCUCUCUUACCCACCAUAGUGACCUCUCUCUCUUACCCACCAUAGUGACCUCUCUCUCUUACCCACCAUAGUGAACUCUCUCUCUCUCACCCAUCAUAGUGACCUCUCUCUCCUGGUCAACACUGAGGGGACAGUGGAUAGAAGGCAGGACUCUUCUUCUAACCUGGUCCCAGUUCUGUUUGCAUCUGUUUGGCCUGACAACGACUAUAGGAGCAACACAAACAGAUCUGGAACCAGGUAGCAUGUAGCAUGUAGCAUGUAGAGUGUAGCUGAUGAUGAAAUACUUUCUAACCCAGAGUAGUGUUACACCAUACCUGGGUGCUCCCUCAGUCUAAAGCCACUCUAACAAGUCAUAGGUGCAACAAUCAGGACCCUAUAAACCAACACUUAGUUAGACUACUUCAAGGCAUUCUACAGGCUUUUUUUUAAAUUAUUUUAAAAAACUCUCACCUUCCAGAUCUGAUAUCCUUCUUCAAAACUGUCCUCAGUUGAGUUGUGAGUGCUUCGUUAGGUCAGUCUGAUAUCUCUUAGAACCUGGACCAGGAACAAGAGUGUCAGCGUAGCGUAGCGUAGCGUAGCGUAGCGUAGCGUAGCGUAGCACAGGAAGGGAGCACAGGGUAGUGGAUGGCUUGUUGGAGCGGAGGGGAAACCCACACACACCAGACAGACUACAACUUUAUAUUAUCAACAGCCCCCCUCAUGUGCUCCUAGCGGCACAGAGACACCCGCUCUCAGUUUGGCUGAGGAGGCCGCCUUGCCGUCUCCUCCUCCUCCUCACCCCCUCCUCCCCCUGUCUUGACCUUUUUGUAGGGCUUCUUGGCUUGCACUCUCUAAGGGAGGGAGGGAGGGAGAGAGGGAGAGAGGGAGAGAGGGAGAGAGAGAGGGAGGGAGGGAGGGAGGGAGGGAGGGAGGGAGGGAGGGAGGGAGAGAGAGAGAGGGAGGGAGAGAGGGAGGGAGGGGAGUAGACCCCUGCUGAAGUAUGUUUAAAGACAUCCCUCCCUCUCUCUUUCUGUAGCAACAAUAAAGACAGAAAGCAGGUGUUUGUGAAAAGAGAGAAAGUCAGAGCCGGUAAGAUUUGAGAUGGGGUUAAAGUUCAACAGGAAGUCAACUUUAGCGGAGAAAGAUGGAAAUAUUUAUGGACAUGACAUCAAAAAUAUACAAGUGUUUAUCUUCAUGGCUGAGAGUCAGCACAUUGGUCACGUAGUCAUUUAGACUGGUAUUUCUCUAGGCAUGUGACCCUCAUUGAAAAGGUGAGGGAGCGAGCGAGAGAUACGUAGAGGUAGGUGGGCAGAGCAGGAGAGCAGGUUUUCUGUUGCACUAUGGCCUAUUUAUUGCCUUACCUCCAUAACUUGCUACAUUUGCACACACUGUAUAUAUAUUUUCUGUUGUAUUUUUUUGACUUUAUGUUUUGUUUUACCCCAUAUGUAACUCUGUGUUGUUGUUUUUUAUCGCACUGCUUUGCUUUAUCUUGGCCAGGUCGCAGUUGUAAAUGAGAACUUGUUCUCAACUGGCUUACCUGGUUACAUAAAGGUGAAAUAAAAUAAAUAUAAAUAAAUGUUCAGUUCUCCCUCUCUCAAUUCAAUUCAAAGGGCUUUAUUGGCAUGGGAAUCUUUAUUUUCUCUCUCUUUCUCUGUGUUGACACGUCCUCAUGGACUGUUGAGGUUUCCCUGUACAGAGAUGAACAGUUUUAAAAAGGCUUCUAAAGUUUGUCAUUUCAAUUUUGAAAUUUCAGACUUGAUUUGCCCUAACGAAAAAUGUAUCAAUCCCUACAAAAAUGGCCAUUAAUUAUAAUCCACAUAAUAAACUGCCUCCAAUUUAAGAUCCUACAUCUGUAACUGAUUAAAACCCUGAUUAUGAGUACUUAUAUGUUGAAUGGUGCCUCAGGAUUGUCAACGGAAACACAUUUAAGUCAAACUUGAGUUUCCAACAACCAGAGAACAGUCAGAGCUAUGUGUUUAAGAGAGUUGGCUACAGUACAUACCGUAUUGGACAUGCCAGGCUGCCCAUCCACUGGUUCCUUCAUCUCCACUCUCGCUUUUCUCUGAGAGACUAUGACUCUGCUGCCCUCCUUUGGCCAGGGAUAUUCACUGCAGGCCAGGGUUAGGGUUAGGGUAACGGUCACUGUUCAAGCUCAGAGCGGUUGACUUUUUCCAGUUUGGGCCUGAGUUUCCUUGAAGUCCGGUCUGUCUACAGUGUUGUUACUCCAACAGGUCGGCAUGAGUUUGUAGAGGAAGUCUGGACAUUUAUCUGGAGCCGGCAUCCUGUAGCAAGCAAUGAUGUCGCUGUAGCCUGGAUCACAGAGAAAAGCCAUAAGAUCAAUGAAUCAACCAAUCAAAUGUAUUUAUUAAGCCCUUUUUACAUCACUAGUUGUCACAAAGUGCCUUAACGGUCGUGAGAGGAAACUUUCCUGAUCCAAACGUUCAUUUCUGCCCGACGUAGAAUUCUAUGCAAUUCAUUGUCGGGUCUUCAGGCUUUUCAAACCUCUCCUCGGAAACCACCAGCCGUUCCAUGUAUUUGAACUAUUCUAGAACACCUGAUUUAACUUGUCAACUAAUCAUCCAAGCCCUUGAAUAGGUGAAUCAGGUGAGCUAGUUGAGGGCUAGAACACGGAGAGGUUUGAGAACCACUGGGUGAUCAUGACAUACCUGGAUAUGGGUCCCCACCAUAGCAUCUCGUAGAGCUGAUCCCCAAAGGACCAGACAUCUGACCUGUUGGAGAAACGACCGUGGCUCUGAACCCCAAAGGACAAGACAUCUGACCUGUUGGAGAAACGACCGUGGCUCUGAACCCCAAAGGACAAGACAUCUGACCUGUUGGAGAAACGACCGUGGCUCUGAACCCCAAAGGACAAGACAUCUGACCUGUUGGAGAAACGACCGUGGCUGAUGGCCUCUGGGGAACUCCACUUGCAGGGGACAUUCUUCUCCUCAGACACGUAGAAGGGCUCCUGAGGAAUGAGGAUGUGAAAAGAGAUCGAAGGUUCUAUGAGCUAGGGACUAUGCUAGUCACUCAAUGGGAUAUCCUUCCGCCUGGCGUCAGGAUGAGACGAGAUAUUCAUAUCAGAGUAAUUCCAUGCCACGGGGUGUGAUGCACGUUCCCCAACCCCCUAUAAAUGCCUUGGUGCGUAGCAUCACUUCCUCGAGACUCUUACAGAGGCUACAAGAGAACCGACGUCUGGACAAGGGUGCGAUGUGCACGGUCCAGUAGGGGAUCCGACGCCAAAACAUCCGGUCCCAUUGCAUCCUUCAGUAGCUUGGUGAAGAAGUCGGUGGGGCGAGAGCCCGCCUCCACCCCUUCUGCCAGACCCACCACGCGAAGGUUAUGACGCCUGGAUCUGCCCUCCAGGUCGACCACUUUCACAGAAAGCCUCUGCACAUUAUCCUGCAAUGACGUGCAUAGCUUCUCUAACUCGUCGAUCCUACCAGCGUUGAAUUCAGAAGCUUUCUCAAGGUCCACAAUACUCUGGCCCUGCGAAGCGACCGUUCGAAUGGUGCUCUCGAUUUUAGUGUCCAGUUCAGCAAUAGUAGCCUUAAGAUCCUCCGCUAUAGCAACACGUAGUUCUCCCAAAGCCUGGGUAAGUUCUGUAAGUGUCACGUUGUUACCUGUGCCUUCCGCCAUGUUUGUCUCGUUGUUUGGUGGGGAGUAGGCCUCUGAUGUGGAUUUAUUGUCCUUUGGUCGCUUAUUACUAGGCAUUUUCACAUAGAAAGUUACAAUAUUGUAUUAGAAAGAAACGUUUGUUGUAACAAGUGCAAUAAAGUAAGUUCGGUUAGAUUUUUUCGCAAAAAAAGUUGCGGGAGCCUCUCACACACAGCCGUUCACUCCAACAUGCUAGCUCCGCCCCCUCAGAAACACAGUCUUAAGAGAGAGAUGUUUCCAGUCUAUAGCGUCUAACGGUUCGAAGGGAUGUCUGGAUAGUACUCCAAGAACCAAAUCCAAAUCCCAUUUUGGGAACUUAGGGGGCUCUUGAGGGUCAUAAUCGACGGACUCCCUUAAGAAACCUUGCCAUGAGCGGAUGGCUGCCAAGCGGACCAUCCUGCUCUUCAUCAUGACAUGCUGAAAUGGCUGCUGCGUACACCUUAAGUGUGGAUGCAGCCCUGCCAGCAUCAAACAAAGACCUCAAGAACUGGAGCACAGUUUUUAUGCCUCAAGAUUCUGGAGCAACCCUCUGCUCCCCACACCACUGGCAGAACACGCACCAACUCGUGUCAUAGGUUGACGUGGUGGACGGGGCCCUGGCACUCUGUAAGAUGUUAACAACAGAGGGCUUAAGAUCUAAACCAGAGCAUUUUCGCUGUUCAGCGGCCAGGCCCACAGCUGUAAGCGGGAGAGAUUCGGAUGUGCCCUCUGCCUGUGACAAUAGGUCUGGCCUCCGAGGUAGUUCAAUGCUGUCCCCGCUAGGAGUGACAGUAUUGUGCUGAACCAGUGCCGUCUUGGCCAUCUCGGGGCAAUCAGAAGAACCUGGUGGCCCGCUUCCCUGAUUCGGGAUCGGGGGGGGGAAGGCGUAUAGCCUCUUCCUCUGCAACUCGUGGGCCAGGGCAUCCUCGGCCACUCGUGGGCCAGGGGGGCACUGUGUGUUCAUCUCUGAGGCAAUCAGAUCCACCUCCGCUUCCCCAAAGAAUCCCCACAUGCGACUCACUAUUCAGGGAUGUAGUCGCCACUCCCCUUCCGGAGUGUUCCCUAGACAGCAUGUCCGCUGCAGUGUUCAGGAUCCCUGGGAGGUGUACAGCACUUAUUGAAGCCAGAUUCUUCUGUGACCACAGCAGAAGGGUGUGUGCCAUCUGGUGGAGGCGGAUGGAACCCAGACCCCCUUGGUGGUUCAUGUACUCUACCACUGUGGUGCUGUCUGUCUGUACCAGCACAUGUUCAUCCCGCAGUUGUGGGAGAAAUUUGACCAGACUGCUCUCAACUCCAGCAUGUUGAUGUGGAGUUUGGACCAGCUGGGGCUCCAUGUCCCGCCCUCUCCCUCAAUAUUGGUCCCCAGCCUGUCAAGGAGGCAUCUGUUUGAACCAGUUCCCUCCAAUGGACUCUGCCCAGGUGUAUCCCUCCUGAAAGGAAUUUCAGGGAUCGCCAUCUUGCCAGUGCUCGUGUGCAUUCCUUGGACACAGUCAGGUGACAAUACCUGUGUACCUUGGGAUGUAAACCCUGAGCAUUGAACCACCUCCACAGGGGUCUCAAGUGUAGAAGGCCCAAUGGGGUCAAAAGAGAGGCUGCGGAGAGGAGACCCAUCAGUCUCUGACACUGAAGAGCAGUCACCUUCUGAUCUUGGACAAAAGUAUUGAGGUGAACUACAAUUUCUGGACUCGCUCUUCGGUGAGGUGAGCCCUCAUUAGAGACGAGUUGAUCUGCAUGCCCACCAACAUUACAGUUUUUUUUUUAUGUUCAACCUGAGGCCUAGCUCUGAGAUGUACUUCAGGAGAGAUGUCGUGUCUGCUGCUGACUGUUCUCGGGACAGAGCGCAGAUUAGCCAAUCAUCUAGGUAAUUUAAUACUAUCAUCCCUUGUGAUGCUAAAACGGCAUCCAUGCAUUUUGUGAUGAAUGUUCUUGGUGCCGAAAGGUAACACUUGUACAAAGCGCAGGAACUUCCUGUGAGCCGGGUGGAUCGGUCCGUGGAAAUAGGCAUCUUUUAGGUCGACAGUGGUGUACCACUGGCCUGGGCUGAAAGCCUGUAGGAUGUGGGACGGAGAUACAGUGGGGAAAAAAGUAUUUAGUCAGCCACCAAUUGUGCAAGUUCUCCCACUUAAAAAGAUGAGAGAGGCCUGUAAUUUUCAUCAUAGGUACACGUCAACUAUGACAGACAAAAUGAGAAAAAUAAAUCCAGAAAAUCACAUUGUAGGAUUUUUAAUGAAUUUAUUUGCAAAUUAUGGUGGAAAAUAAGUAUUUGGUCAAUAACAAAAGUUUCUCAAUACUUUGUUAUAUACCCUUUGUUGGCAAUGACACAGGUCAAACGUUUUCUGUAAGUCUUCACAAGGUUUUCACACACUGUUGCUGGUAUUUUGGCCCAUUCCUCCAUGCAGAUCUCCUCUAGAGCAGGGAUGUUUUGGGGCUGUCGCUGGGCAACACAGACUUUCAACUCCCUCCAAAGAUUUUUAUGGGGUUGAGAUCUGGAGACUGGCUAGGCCACUCCAGGACCUUGAAAUGGUUCUUACGAAGCCACUCCUUCGUUGCCCGGGCGGUGUGUUUGGGAUCAUUGUCAUGCUGAAAGACCCAGCCACGUUUCAUCUUCAAUGCCCUUGCUGAUGGAAGGAGGUUUUCACUCAAAAUCUCACGAUACAUGGCCCCAUUCAUUCUUUCCUAUACACGGAUCAGUCGUCCUGGUCCCUUUGCAGAAAAACAACCCCAAAGCAUGAUGUUUCCACCCCCAUGCUUCACAGUAGGUAUGGUGUUCUUUGGAUGCAACUCAGCAUUCUUUGUCCUCCAAACACGACGAGUUGAGUUUUUUACCAAAAAGUUAUAUUUUGGUUUCAUCUGACCAUAUGACAUUCUCCCAAUCCUCUUCUGGAUCAUCCAAAUGCACUCUAGCAAACUUCAGACGGGCCUGGACAUGUACUGGCUUAAGCAGGGGGACACGUCUGGCACUGCAGGAUUUGAGUCCCUGGCGGCAUAGUGUGUUACUGAUGGUAGGCUUUGUUACUUUGGUCCCAGCUCUCUGCAGGUCAUUCACUAGGUCCCCCGUGUGGUUCUGGGAUUUUUGCUCACCGUUCUUGUGAUCAUUUUGACCCCACGGGGUGAGAUCUUGCGUGGAGCCCCAGAUCGAGGGAGAUUAUCAGUGGUCUUGUAUGUCUUCCAUUUUUGAUUUCUUCAAACCAAGCUGCUUACCUAUUGCAGAUUCAGUCUUCCCAGCCUGGUGCAGGUCUACAAUUUUGUUUCUGGUGUCCUUUGACAGCUCUUUGGUCUUGGCCAUAGUGGAGUUUGGAGUGUGACUGUUUGAGGUUGUGGACAGGUGUCUUUUAUACUGAUAAGUUCAAACAGGUGCCAUUAAUACAGGUAACGAGUGGAGGACAGAGGAGCCUCUUAAAGAAGAAGUUACAGGUCUGUGAGAGCCAGAAAUCUUGCUUGUUUGUAGGUGACCAAAUACUUAUUUUCCACCAUAAUUUGCAAAUACAUUCAUAAAAAAUCCUACAAUGUGAUUUUCUGGAAUUUGUUUUCUCAAUUUGUCUGUCAUAGUUGACGUGUACCUAUGUUGAAAAUUACAGGCCUCUCUCAUCUUUUUAAGUGGGAGAACUUGCACAAUUGGUGGCUGACUAAAUACUUUUUUUCCCCACUGUAGCAUCUUGAAGGGGAGGGUUUUCAAGCACCGGUUGAGAGGCCUGAAGUCCAGGAUGGGGCGAAAGCCGCCAUCCCGCUUGGGGACUAGGAAAUAUACUCCAUUGAACCCACUGUGCUGUUCUGAUGGUUCGAGUUGUCUGAUUGCAUUCUUCUCCAGCAGGGAGGCAAUCUCCAGUUGGAAAGCUUCUCUUUUGAGGGGGUCGGCUGUUGUAGUUGACCACACCCCUCUGAAUGGUGGUGGCCGACAUCGGAACUGUAGUUUGUACCCCUGUAGUACUGUAUCCAGCACCCAGGGGGACUCCACAAGCUCCUCCCACUUUUGCUCGAUGGGCGUGGGAGAAGUGGCCGACGCCGAGGCCACACCCAUCAGGAUGACUGAGGGGACCCGUCCUUCUUCGGAGCAGAGGGACGGUGCUUGUUAUGCCACUGCAUGUGCUGGUGGUCUCUGCAGGGUCUCUCUGUCCUUCCUCAGCUUAGCCUUUUGGUCCAAAAUGGCGUCCACACCAGGUUCCAAACUUCUUCCCUUUUAAGAAUGAUGGAGGCCACUGUGUUCUUAGGGACCUUCAAUGCUGCAGAAAUGUUUUGGUACCCUUCCCCAGAUCUGUGCCUCAACACAAUCCUGUCUCAGAGCUCUACGGACAUUUCUUUCGACCUCACGGUUUGGUUUUUGCUCUGACAUGCAAUGUCAGCUGUGGGACCUUAUAUAGACAGGUGUGUGCCUUUCCAAAUCAUGUCCAAUCAAUUGAAUUUACCACAGGUGGACUCCAAUCAAGUUGUAGGAACAUCUCAAGGAUGAUCAAUGGAAACAGGAUGCACCUGAGCUCAAUUUCGAGUGUCAUAGCAAAGGGUCUGAAUACUUAUAUUUAUUUAUUUUAAAUUACAUUUACAAAGAUUUCUAAAAAACAGUUUUUGCUUUGUCAUUAUGGGGUAUUGUGUGUAGAUUGAUGAGUAUUUUUUAUUUAUUUAAUCAAUUUUAGAAUAAGGCUGUCACGUAACAAAAUGUGGAAAAAGUCAAGGGGUCUGAAUAAUUUCCGAAGGCACUGUAUUUACAAAAGUAUAUGGACUCCCCUUCAAAUUAGUCGGCUAUUUCAGCCACACCCCUUGCUGACGGGUGUAUAAAAUAGAGCACACAUAUAUGCAAUCUCCAUAGACAAACAUUGGCAAUAGAAUGGCCUUACUGAAGAGCUCAGUGACUUUCAACGUGGCACUGUCAUAGGAUGCCACCUUUCCAACAAGUCAGUUUGUCAUAUUUCUGCCCUGCUAGAGCUGCCCCGGUCAACUGUAAGUGCUGUUAUUGUAAAGUGGAAACAUCUAGGAGCAACAACGGCUCAGCCGCGAAGUGGUAGGCCACACAAGCUCACAGAACGGGGCUCACAGAACGGGACCGCUGAGUGCUGAAGCGUGUUGCGAGUAAAAAUCGCCUGUCCUCGGUUGCAACACUCACUACCGAGUUCCAAACUGCCUCUGGAAGCAACGGCAGCACAAGAACUGUUCGUCGGGAGCUUUAUGAAAUGGGUUUCCAUAGCAGAGCAGCCGCACACAAACCUAAGAUCACCACGUGCAAUGCCAAGCGUCAGCUGGAGUCGUGUAAAGCUCGCUGCCAUUGGACUCUGGAGCAGUGGAAACGUGCUCUCUGGAGUGAUUAAUCAUGCUUCACCAUCUGGCAGUCCGACGGACGAGUACGGGUUUGGCGGAUGCCAGAAGAACGGCAUCUGCCCCAAUGCAUAGUGCCAACUGUAAAGUUUGGUGGAGGAGGAUAAUGAUCUGGGGCUGUUUUUCAUGGUUCGGGUUAGGCCCCUUAGUUCCAGGAAGGGAAAUCUUAACGCUACAGCAUACGAUGACAUUCUAGACGAUUCUGUGCUUCCAACUUUGUGGCAACAGUUUGGGGAAGGCCCUUUUCUGUUUCAGCAUGAUAAUGCCCUCGUGCACAAAGCGAGGUCCAUCCAAAAAUGGUUUGUUGAUAUCUGUGUGGAAGAACUUGACUGGCCUGCACAGAGCCCUGACCUCAACCCCAUCGAACUCCUUUGGGAUGAAUUGGAACGCCGACUGCGAGCCAGGCCUAAUCGCCCAACAUCAGUGCCCAACCUCACUAAUGCUCUUGUGAGCUCCCGAAGGUGGCGCAGUGGUCUAAGGCUGUGCCACUAGAGAUCCUGGUUCGAGUCCAGGCUCUGUCGCAGCCGGCCGCGACUGGGAGACCCAUGGGCGGCGCACAAUUGGUCCAGCGUCGUCCAAGGUAGGGGAGGGUUUGGCCAGCAGGGAUGUGGGUUCGUUUCCCACGGGGGGCCAGUAUGAAAAAAUAAAAAAAUAAACAUGUAUGCGUUCACUAACUGUAAGUUGCUCUGGAUAAGAGUGUCUGCUAAAUGACUAAAAUGUAAAUGUAAGUCCCGCAGCAAUGUUCCAACAUCUAGUGGAAAGCCUUCCCAGAAGAGUGGAGGCUGUUAUAGCAGCAAAGGGGGGGACCAACUCCAUAUUAUUGCCCAUGAUUUUGGAAUGAGAUGUUCGAUGAGCAGGUGUCCACAUACUUUUGGUCAUGUAGUGUAUGUGUUAUGUCACACACCACUGCUCUAAGCCUAGAAUCACAUAAGACAGGAAAUGCAAAACAUUUCACGCACGCACACACACACACACACACACACACACACACACACACACACACACACACAGAAAGGAAAGGAAAAUCAUCAAUCAAAUGAGUUUCAGUUGAUGUGGUCCUCUGUAGCUCAAUUGGUAGAGCACGGCGCUUGUAACGCCAGUGGGUUCGUUCCCCCGGGACCACCCAUACGUAAAAAUGUAUGCACACAUGACUGUAAGUCGCUUUGGAUAAAAUCGUCUGCUAAAUGGCAUAUUAUUAUAUGUGAACAGAAGUAAAAAAAAAUAAAAAAUAACAUGUUGUACUUUGAGAUAUAACGGUCAAACAAACUUGGCCAUCUUUUCCUCUAGGCAGCAAAGACGAUGAUUGGUAUUUGUGGGUAAAUGCAUAACCUACCUACCUUUCAAUUACCUGUCAACCCUCAGAUAUCGAUUUACUACAACAACUGAUCUCACGGUACACAGCAAACAGAGAGGAGGAGCUGACAUGUUCCCUUCCUGUAUAUGAUCUAAAGCUCAGAAUCCGUAUUGAACUCCUUUUUAUAGUACAGUCAGAUGAUCAUGAUGACGAUCACAAUCAACACAACACAACCACGCUUGGGGCAAAUCUGGAAUCGCACCCUAUCCCCUACAUAGUGCUUUACGUUUAGCCAGAGUCCUAAAGUAGUAAGGGGUUUCAGAUACCAACCCCGAGUCAUAAUCGUAGCCUUGCGAAUCUGAGUGUUCUGUACCGUUCUUGAGAAUCUUUGAUUGCCACGUUGACGCUGUUCUUCCACUUGCCCCGGUGGACGUCAGCAAAGAUCUGCCACGUUGACGCUGUUCUUCCACUUGCCCCGGUGGACGUCAGCAGAGAUCCCGCUGCCCAGCUGCUCUCCCAGGGUGAUCUUCUCCUUGGGGAUCUCCCACUCAUCCACUGUGGAGUGGGACAGGUCCUGGGGCACUGGCUCUUUCUGUGUUAUAACCUUGGAGUUUUUAAUGAUCUGAUACAAUGUGGUUCUGCUGGACACUUAAAGACAUUUGUCUUAGAUAUGUCACGACUAAGUUGAAAUGCCUCUUAUUUAUUAUGAUGUUUUGCACUGGACUCUAACCACACACACACACACACACACUCACACACUCACACACUCACACACUCACACUCACACACACAACACACACACACACACACAGUGACAGUACACACAACACACACACACACAGAGAUUCAUACUCUAAAGUUAAUGAAGCAUGGCAAUAGAAGGCGUAGUGGAGUCAGGUAGAUACUCACAGCUUUGCGUUGACAGAGUCUCCCCUUGCCAGGUAGUUAUUUGGCACAAUCCCCCUUGCCAAAACGCGACCAUUCUUGCCUAUUCUACGCGCAGUCCACCAGUCUCCGGAUCGACUGAUCACAAUGAACAGAUCUCACUUCCUUGUGAAUGGGCACCCCGACUUCAUUACCACAAUGCGUCUUGGAUAGACUAUGUCUUUCUUUCCCCUUCUCUCUCUCUCUCUCUCUCUCUCUCUCUCUCUCUCUCUCUCUCUCUCUCUCUCUCACUCUCUUCCGCUCUUCCUCUCUCUCUCUCGUUCUCUCUCUUGCUCUCUCUCUCUCACUCUCUCUCUCUUUCACUCUUCCUCUCUCAUUCUCUCUCUCUCUCUCGCUCUCUCUCUCUUUCGCUCUUCCUCUCUCUUUCUCUCUCUCUCUCUCGCUCUCUCUCUUUCUCUCUCUUACACACACACACAAACACACGUAGUCUGGGUGACAUACAACAAAUAUUUGUUUUAUAUUGUAUCAUACUUGUGUCUGUACAGUAAGUAUUAUGUAAUGUCUUUAUUAUAGCUACUUAUUUAUAUUACGUUAUUAUGUUUGUGGUUACAGUUGUCAGGAAGUGCAUGGUCAGGCUAAUUAGAACUUAUCCUCCCUGUGUUUUCCAGUCAGUGCUCAUAUCAAAAUCACAAAACAUUUGUCAUUAGGAUAAGUUUGAUCGUGUAGCCUAGGUACCAUGUGGAUCAGAUGGUAGAGCAUGGCGCUUGCAACGCCAGGGUUGUGGGUUUGAUUCCCAUGGGGGACCAGUAGGAAGAAAUAAAAGUAUGAAAAUGUAGGUACUCACUACUGUAAGUCGCUCUGGAUAAGAGCGUCUUCUACAGUGAGGGGAAAAAAGUAUUUGAUCCCCUGCUGAUUUUGUACGUUUGCCCACUGACAAAAACAUGAUCAGUCUAUAAGUUUAAUGGUAGGUUUAUUUGAACAGUGAGAGACAGUAUAACAUCAAAAAAAUCCUGAAAAAACGCAUGUAAAAAAUGUUAUAAAUUGAUUUGCAUUUUAAUGAGGGAAAUAAGUAUUUGACCCCCUCUCAAUCAGAAAGAUUUCUGGCUCCCAGGUGUCUUUUAUACAGGUAACGAGCUGAAAUUAGGAGCACACUCUUAAAGGGAGUGCUCCUAAUCUCAGUUUGUUACCUGUAUAAAAGACACCUGUCCACAGACGCAAUCAAUCAAAUCAGAUUCCAAACUCUCCACCAUGGCCAAGACCAAAGAGCUCUCCAAGGAUGUCAGGGACAAGAUUGUAGACCUACACAAGGCAUGGAAUGGGCUCCAAGACCAUCGCCAAGCAGCUUGGUGAGAAGGUGACAACAGUUGGUGCGAUUAUUCGCAAAUGGAAGAAACACAAAAUAACUGUCAAUCUCCCUCGGCCUGGGGCUCCAUGCAAGAUCUCACCUCGUGGAGUUGCAAUGAUCAUGAGAACGGUGAGGAAUCAGCCCAGAACUACACGGGAGGAUCUUGUCAAUGAUCUCAAGGCCGCUGGGACCAUAGUCACCAAGAAAACAAUUGGUAACACACUACGCCGUGAAGGACUGAAAUCCUGCAGCGCCCGCAAGGUCCCCCUGCUCAAGAAAGCACAUAUACAGGCCCGUCUGAAGUUUGCCAAUGAACAUCUUUAUGAUUCAGAGGAGAACUGGGUGAAAGUGUUGUGGUCAGAUGAGACCAAAACUGAGCUCUUUGCCAUCAACUCAACUCGCCGUGUUUGGAGGAGGAGGAAUGCUGCCUAUGACCCCAAGAACACCAUCCCCACGGUCAAACAUGGAGGUGGAAACAUUAUGCUUUGGUGGUGUUUUUCUGCUUAGGGGACAGGACAACUUCACCGCAUCAAAGGGACGAUGGACGGGCCAUGUACCGUCAAAUCUUGGGUGAGAACCUCCUUCCCUCAGCCAGGGCAUUGAAAAUGGGUGGUGGAUAUGUAUUCCAGCAUGACAAUGACCCAAAACACACGGCCAAGCCAACAAAGGUGUGGCUCAAGAAGAAGCACAUUAAGGUCCUGUAGUGGCCUAGCCAGUCUCCAGACAUUAAUCCCAUAGAAAAUCUGUGGAGGGAGCUGAAGGUUCGAGUUGCCAAACGUCAGCCUCGAAACCUUAAUGACUUGGAGAAGAUCUGCAAAGAGGAGUGGGACAAAAUCCCUCCUGAGAUGUGUGUAAACCUUGUGGCCAACUACAAGUAACAUCUAAACUCUGUGAUUGCCAACAAGGGUUUUGCCACCAAGUACUAAGUCAUGUUUUGCAGAGGGGUCAAAUACUUAUUUCCCUCAUUAAAAUGCAAAUCAAUUCAUAAAAUUUUUGACAUGCAUUUUUUCUGUAUUUCUUUUUGUUAUUCUGUCUCUCACUGUUCAAAUAAACCUACCAUUGAAAUUAUAGACUGAUCAUGUCUUUUUCAGUGGGCAAACGUAAAAAAUCAGCAGGGGAUCAAAUACUUUUUUCCCUCACUGUAAAUGACUAAAAUGUAAGUCAUUUUCCUAUAAUCAGUGCUCAUCAUAAGACGUCUUAUCAACGUUUUCACAAAGUUAACUGUCCCACAUUGGACAAAAUCCACACUAGGCUACAGAAAGAGGAGGUGUUCUAGGUCAGUAAGGUGUGGGCAGCUGACAUUAAGGUCUGAAAAGCCCUUGCACACCGGGCAACAUUUUUUGUAGCUAUUUUCACCUACACACAAUUAAGGGACCAGAAGGACCAGACUACUGGAAUUCUUUGCAUUUUGGUUAUCAGUAAAAAUAUAUAUAUCACCUGCCCGAUGGGGUAACCACAGAGCAGGCACAACUUGCGCAAUGCUCAGGCCACUUACACCGGGCAAUAGGGCAACCCUUAAUGUAAAUCCCUUUGUGGGCAUCCAGCACAGUUACAGUAAUACUAUCACUUAUAGUAGUAAUACUAUACCACCAGACCUGGUUCAAAUACUAGAAAAAUAUUUGUUCAAAUACUAGAAAAAUAUUUGUUCAAAUACUAGAAAAAUAUUUGUUCAAAUACUAGAAAAAUAUUUGUUCAAAUACUAGAAAAAUAUUUGCUUGAGUCUGCCUGGGGCGCCAGAUAGGCGGGUUUUUACAGUUUUGGGACUUUUCUAUUGGUUUAUUAAAGCCAGGCAAACUCAACCGGGCACAUAUUUAAAUUAAGUAUUUGAAACCCAGGUCUGAAUACCACCAAAGAUAGGCUACAAUAUAUGUUCUAUUCAAUUCUGUAAAUACCAUUGAUUUACUCGACAGACCGACCGACCGACAGACCGACCGACCGACCGACCGACCGACCGACCGACCGACCGACCGGACCGCCCGACCGACCGACCUACCGUCCCUACCUGACCUACCUACCCUCCUCCCACCUGACCUACCCUACCCCGACCUGCACCUACAGACAGAUCAGACAGACAUACAGACAAGACAGACAACGACAUACCUACCUACAGCCGCAGACAGCAGACAGACAACAGACAGAAUACAGAGAGAGAAGAGAGAGCGAUAGAGAGAGAGAGAGAGAGAGAGAGAGAGAGAGAGAGAGAGAGCGAGAGAGAGAGAAAGAGAUAGAGAGAGAGAGAGAGAGAGAGAGAGUAGAGCGAGAGAGAGAUAGAGAGAGGAAGAUGAGGAGAGAGAGAGCGGAAGAGAGAGGCGCCUGCUGUGUGUGUGUGGUCCUAUAGUCCCGUGUAGCCUCAGUUGGUAGAGCAUGGCGCUUGCAACGCCAGGGUUGUGGGUUCGAUUCCCACGGGGGGCCAGUAUGAAAUGUAUGAACUCACUAACUGUAAGUCGCUCUGGAUAAGAGCGUCUGCUAAAAAUUACUAAAAUGUAAAAACAUACAGUCUAUGGUUGGGUCCCACAGUCUAUGUGUAACCGGUCUGAAAUGGCUAGCUAGUUAGCGGUGCGCGCUAGUAGCAUUUCAAUCGGUGACGUCACUUGCUCUGAGACCUUGAAGUAGUUGUUUCCCUUGCUCUGCAAGAGCCGCGGCUUUUGUGGAGGGACAGGUAACGGUGCUUUCGAGGGUGACUGUUGUCGAUGUGUGCAGAGGGUCCCUGGUUCAAGCCCAGGUUGGGGGCGAGGAGAGGGACGGAAGCAACACUGUUACAUAUGGUUGGGUCCCACAGUCUAUGGUUGGGUCCCUCAGUCUAUGGUUGGAUCCCACAGUCUAUGGUUGGGUCCCUCAGUCUAUGGUUGGAUCCUACAGUCUAUGGUUGGAUCCCACAGUCUAUGGUUGGGUCCCACAGUCUAUGGUUGGAUCCCACAGUCUAUGGUUGGAUCCUACAGUCUAUGGUUGGAUCCUACAGUCUAUGGUUGGGUCCUAUAGUCUAUGGUUGGGUCCCACAGUCUAUGGUUGGAUCCUACAGGCUCACAGAUGGCAGCCAGGGCUUGUGGAAGUGAGAGCUUGAUUGGAGAUUCACAAGUCAUGUGUGUGUGUGUGUGCGUGUGUGUGUUAGUUGGUUUCAGCCCCAAUAGUCCUCUCACAUCACAAUCCAGCUCGGUAGAUGGCGGUAAUGCACCAUAUGUGUUAGUUUACACAUCGUCAAACAAAACAAAGAAGAAAAUCGACACGGAAGUGAUUAUUACAUGGGUUAUUAGAGACGGAAGAGGAAGCGAGACACCCCACUCCCUAUUCUUUUCUGGUUACAUUACAGUCAAUGAAAUAAGCAGACCAGACCCAGCUGCUAUUGCAUUGGUGUCUAUGGGAGAACCACCCCGUUAAGCAGAUCGGAACUGACUAUUUUUUCAACGGUAAACGGACUGAGUGAACCAUCUUCAUUUAUCCACUAUCUUCGGUUGUUAUAUUUCCGAGAAGCUAUCUGCUAAAAUGGCUAAGCUAACGUCUUUAUUUGUGAUCUUAUUGUCUUUAUUUUGCAUUAGUGAAGCUGUCUUCGAAGAUCAAGUUGGAAAGUUUGAUUGGUAUGUAGCUAGCUAUCUAACGUUGAGAAAGUCCAUUGAUUCUGCUAUGCAGCUAACGUAAGCUAAUGCUAUGUGCUAACCAUUGACAGCGUCCGAUAUGGUUGAUCAUAGGCGAAAAGCCAGUAGUCCUCCGGGGUCGGGUUCGUUCAAUAGGUAGCCCUGUCAUGUCUGCACCCGUGUCGACAGUCUCUUGUUGGAAGAUAUAGCUAAUCACUAACGAAUGUAAAUGCGUUUUCGGAUUGCUUCCUCUUCUUUACUGGGGUUAAGGAUCCAUGGGGGAAAGAGACCCAUUUCCCCCAGAUUUGUCCCAUGUGCUCCUUCAGGUGACCAGUGUAUUUGCAGAUAUGAUACUGUCCAAAUGCCACAGUAACGAAGAGGAUGAUGUACAUUGGUGAUUGAUUAACUAAAGUCAAAAUAGCUAGCUAUAUUUCAACAGCAGACUGUCUGACUAAAAAUAUUAUAUAUUUUUUCUAUUUCCAGGAGACAGCAGUAUGUGGGUAAGACACUCUUUGCCCACUUUGAGUCGAAUACACAGUCAUCUAAAAAGCUAUUUCUCGCUACCGACAAGAAUAUCUUUGCCUCUUUCAACUCCAGGACUGGAGAUCUCUGUGAGUAUUUGUAAUUUUCUCUUUUACUCUGAAGUCUGUGACAAAAUGUAUAAAAAAUGGAGUUGAAUAUCAUAUUUAUCAUCCAUAGAGUUCAUUAUUUUUCAUUCCUACUUUACAGUUUGGAGACAUGUGGACAAGACUGGACCAGAGGGAGCCAUAGACACACUUCUGCUGCAUGGACAAGGUGACUAUAGCCUUUUAAACGUUUUGUUGUAGACUUGCCUAGUUUCUUGGCCUAGCUAACAUAACCGUGUUGUACAGAGUCAAUUAUAUUGGCUUUUCCCCAUCUUUGACAGUGGAUAUUUGAAUGACUGUUUUUACGUCUUCUCUAGAUGCUCUGAUGGUGGUUGGAGAUGGUCGUCUGCUCCGUUCCUGGGACACAAACAUUGGCGGGCUGAACUGGGAGGCCGUGCUGGAUACUGGCAGGUGUGUGCGCGCGCAUGUGGUGUGUGUGUGUGUGUGUCUCUCUCUCUGUGUGUUCGUGUGCAGAUGACCUGUUCCCCAUUAACUGCAGUUUAUAGCUGAGAGACACUUUAAUAGAAAUGGACAUCUUUGAUUUUUUUAGAGAUUUCGACAGAUGACUAACUGCUCAUAAUGUCCACCUCUAUCUCAGCUUCCAGGCUGCGUGUUUUGUGGCAGUACAGGACACCGUAAAGCAUGUGGUGGUGCUGAAGAAAGCCGCCAUCUCUCUCCACUACCUCUCCAAUGGACACCAGAAAUGGGUGGAGAACCUGCCUGACAGGUAGCUACGGUAGGACCACUGGUGCUGUCUGGGACCAGACAUGGGUUCAAAUGGUAUUUUGUUUUAUUUCAAAUGCUUUAGCUGCACUUGAUGUCGCUUACCUGACGCAAUGGAGCCAAUCAAAUGGAGCCAAAAGUGCAAGCCCUGCCCAUCUGGCAAUCCGUAAAGGCUCAAUCUAAUGCUCAAAGUCUCUAAAAUAUUUCAAAUAGUAUUUGAACCCAGUCUACAGCACGUAGGUAAUAUGCAUUUCAUUUCAGGACUUUGCAUGUGGUAAACGGAUCUAGUAAGUAUUUUCUAUCCCCCACAGUGAUGCAGUCCAGUACCAGGCAGUGUACUCUGGGGGAGAAGAGGAUGUCUAUGUGUUGGGGGUGGUUCCUAACUCUCACCUCACUAUCAUAGCCUACAGCCUAGAGGAUGGAGAGAUCAUCAAGCAGGUAACUGGACUAGAACUGUCAUCAAACCUUAAUUGGCAACCAUUAAAAUUCAUAAAAGGUGUCAUGAAAGGGCCCGUUUUCCAGAGGCAGAUUAAGCCUAGGCCUGGAUUUAAAAAAAACAUCUUUGCUUUUUCAGUCUAGGAGGAAACUGAAUCUGUGUCUGGGAAACCAGCCCAAAGGGUUACUCCUCCAUCAGUAUCUACACUGUGUCUGUUGUUUGUCUGUAGCCUGUACACAUGUCCUGUCUCUAACCCACUGAUUCCUGUCUGUUGUCGUCCUCAGAGGUCAGUUGAAGCCCCGUGGCUGUCCAGUGUUGAGUCCAGCUGCAUGGUGGUUGGUCGGGGGGUGCUGAUGUGUGUGGACCCCGCCUCUCUCUCCCUCUACACCCUCCCUAUACAGGCCGAGGAGACGUCACAGUUCAGCCAGAUCCUGCUACGGGUACUGUACCGACACAACCUUUUCGUUCAGUGAGCCAGUGCUUGAUGGUACCAGAGAGGUUUGGAAACUGAGAGUCAUAACAUGCGAUUGCAGGGGUUAAAGUUCUCUGUCACUGCGACUGAUUUCCGUCAUAUGUAUGCACCCCAGGCCAUGUUUUUUUAACCUAAAAUAAUAAUUUACUCAAACAUCAUGCAUAUGACGGAAAUCUGUAUAUGUGUAUAUAUAUGAUAAUGGACCUGUAUAUUUUCAAAUAACUGCCCCUUUUCUGGCCUGCAAAACGAUUCUGACAAACAAAUCGGUCAUAAUAAAAUCUGAGCGGCCCUCCGUAAAAUGUAGAAAUCCCAAUGUGUCCCUUGAGCCAAAAAGUUUGCCCGCCGAUCUUAAGUUUCAGUCAUGGGAUUUGUUUUUGCUUUAACCUCUGCGAUUUAAAGGAGAACUCCACUCAAAAAUGAUAUUUUGCUUCUUUUUUUUCAUUAGUCCACUGUUAAAAUAUUCCCAAAAUGUUUUGCAUGUCAGCAGUCAAGUUUUCAAGAUGUUGGACUUUUCAAGAAGCAAAGUGUCACUUGUCACAUCAUCAUGAUGAAAAACACAUCAUGAUGAUGCAAAACACAUCAUGAUGAUGUGGCAAGUGACACUUUGUUUCUUGAAAACUUGACUGCUGACAUGCAAAACAUUUAGGGAAUGUAUCAACAGCUCAGCUGGUAGAGCACGGCGCUUGUAACGCUAAGGUAGUGGGUUCGAUCCCCGGGACCACCCCAUACACAAAAAAAAAAAAUGUAUGCACGCAUGACUGUAAGUCGCUUUGGAUAAAAGCGUCUGCUAAAUGGCAUAUUAUUAUUAUUAUUAUUAUUAUAUCGUCAGAUGGCAUCACACAUACGCGACACUCAACUCUCAACUGAUUUGUCUCAUUUUAAAAAUGGAGGGUUUGCUGAUCUGCCUAACUCUAGUUCCUAAUUCUGAAAAUCACUCCGCUCUCAGUAGCUAUGACGCACUGGCUACUACGGCAAACCAUGCUCGAUCAGCUGAGCAAACUUGCUUCCAGCUAGCAGCCUAGUGCAAGCUUGUUUGAAGGGCCAUACGCUAGCUAGUUUGCCAGCUCGUUGAUGAAGUUGUACGGCACCAAGUUUAUGGGACUGUUCUAAAGAAAUCAGCAUGUAUCCGACUGACAGCUGGCACUGCGUCUCGCUACUUUGGAACAGUUGGCCAACGUGAUGACAUCAGAGAGCAGUCAGCUGUGCUGUAGAACUCGGCGCACUAGUCACAGCAGAAACGAUACCAUGAAAACUCAUUUGUAAAAUUAGCUAGAACUUCACUACACUAGCUAGCUAGGUUGUGUAUUCAGCAUUGAGUGUGAACUGGCGUUGUUAGCAUCCCUGCCUUUUUGUUUCAUAUGGGUUGAUUUGAGACUGGGUCAGCCAGCAAGCAGACCCUAGCUAGCUAACGUUAUCGUGUUAGCUAAUUUUCAUGCACAUUUCAAUUUUUAUAAAUACUGAUUCAUCUCCCGUCUGGAUUACUGCAACUCGCUGUUGGCUGGGCUCCCUGCCUGUGCCAUUAAACCCUUACAACUCAUCCAGAACGCUGCAGCCCGUCUGGUGUUCAACCAUCCCAAGUUCUCUCACGUCACCCCGCUCCUCCGCACACUCCACUGGCUUCCAGUUGAAGCUCGCAUCCGCUACAAGACCAUGGUGCUUGCCUACGGAGCUGUGAGGGGAACGGCACCUCUGUACCUUCAGGCUCUGAUCAGUCCCUACACCCAAACGAGGGCAUUGCGUUCUUCCACCUCUGGCCUGCUGGUCUCCCUACCUCUGCGGAAGCACAGUUCCCGCUCAGCCCAGUCAAAACUGUUCGCUGCUAUGGCACCGCCAGGACAGUCACUGACCACCUUCCGGAGACACUUGAAACCCUACCUCUUUAAGGAAUACCUGGAAUAGUAUAGCAGUAAUCCUUCUACCCCACCCCCACAAAAAAUUAAAUAAUGUCUUUAAAAUUACCACAAAAAAAAUAUAUAUAUAAAACAAAUGAAAAAAAAAUAUAUAUAUUUUUUUAUAUAUAUAUAUAAAAAUAAAAUGAAAAUUAAUAAAAAAAAAAAAAAAAUAUAUAUAUAUAUAUAUAUAUAUAUAUAUAUAUAUAUAUAUAUAUCUAUAUAUAUAUAUAUAUAUAUAUAUAUAUAUAUAAAACAAAUGAAAAUUAAAAAAUAUAUUUAACAAAAUGGUAAAGUGGUUGUCCCACUGGCUAUCAUAAGGUGAAUGCACCAAUGUGUAAGUGGCUCUGGAUAAGAGCGUCUGCUAAAUGACUUCCAUGUAAUUCUACCACCAUAAACCACCUUAGCUAGACGUAGAAUCAGGUGGUGAAGACUUGCUCAUAAAUAAAUCUACAGGCUUAUAGUGUCUGGUCAGAUUAACUCUGACUCUUUUGAGGAUGAAAGGGGGUUCAGUGGACGAUGUCACCUUGGUAACAUUUCCGAAUGUUAGAACAGCAGCAGCCAAACUUAUCUUUAGCUAUCCCAUAACUGCAGGCGGGAGACAAUGCAGUGGACUAAUGGAGAAAAAAAAAAUACCAUUUUGUUUUUCAGUGGAUUUUUCCUUUAAAUCCUGUGAAUACCUUGUGGAUUAAUUUGUCACUCUCCCGUUGAUGCUAUUGCUUAUUGAGUGGAAAUGAUCUGCAUUGAUCUGCAAAAUGAAUGACCAAUAUCUUUUACAAUUACUGUUUGUAAUUACUGUUGAUCAAUUUUCCAACUCCCUCCCCACAGUCUCUGGAUCUGGAGGUGUCCCCAGGCUUCCAGCCCGUCCUGGUGUCCAGCCAGCCCCACCCGGCCCGCUCCCCACUCUCAGAGUUCUUUCUCCAGCUAGGACCAGAUCACCACAUCCUGCUGCAGCUCCAUGAUGAUGGAUCCACCAUCGCUCCACUCAGAGACUUCCAGCCGGUACAGAUUAAUUCAUUCAUUCAUUCAUUAAUUUGUUUAUUCAAUAUAGUUCAAUUCAAUACACUUAAUUCAUCACAGACAGACAAUUUAUUAAUGUCACUGAUUCCUUGUUUUUGAUCCAGUUAUACCAUACAGUAUACCAUAUCUGUGGAGUUUGAUUACCGAUUAUAUUUUAAUUUUCCUGUACUACAAGUCUCUCUGGAUAGUGCAUCUGCUGUGAACAAGAUUUUACCUCAAACGUUGUCGGUUGGAAGGUCAGUGAAACUGAAUGAGUUCUAACGGGAGAUAAUACACGUUUCCAUGUUUUUACAGGCGUUCUUGGUCUCAUUUGCCACCACAGGGGAGAAGACCGUUGCUGCCGUCAUGACUCCCAAAAACGAAACUGUGAGUCGUCAUCAGGUCAUCGGUCUCAGAUUUUAAGUGUUGCGUCGUGCAUGUGGUCCAUGAAGUGUAGUUAGUUAUACUGAAGUAAGUAACCCAUUGGUAAGCUUCCUCUCUGUUCCUACUCCAGGCUUGUGCUAUCAAUCUGUUCAGCGCUGACUCUGGUCGCAGGUUGCUGGAUACAACUUUAAUCUUUCCCCUGGAUCUUAACGGUGGGAAACCACACAAGGUCAGUGUAGCUGCAGGCGUGUGUGUCUGUAUGUUUGAUGAGUAUGAUCAUGGUAAUAGAGUAGUAAUUAUGGGUCUGGCAUGAGCCCCACCGAUCCAACCCCUCGCUUACCGCUUACAGAAAAGUAUGUAGGAAACACUGAUGGAAUCUACCUAUGUAGGUUUAUUUUUUAUUUUUAUGUUGGGCAAUCAAUCACAUAUAUUUCUAAAGGCCAUUUUACAUGACCAGUCGUCAUAAAGUGGUUUACAGUAGCCUCGGUCUGUAGUGUGUGAUGUAUUUCCUCCCCAGCUGUACGUCCACGCCUUCCUGAAGAAGGAUGAUUCUGUGGGCUACAGGGUCCUAGUGCAGACACUGGACCACGCUCUCACCUUCAUACAGCAGCCAGGUAGACACGCACGCACGCACGCACGCACGCACGCAUGCACGCACGCACGCAUGCACGCACGCACACACACACACACACAUACACACACACACACACACACACACACACACACACAGACACACACACACACACACACACACACAGACACAGACACAGACACAGACACAGACACAGACAAACACACAGACACAGUUUGUUUUACUAUCCUUGUUGGGACCAAACAAUUGAUUCCCAUUCAAAAUCCUAUUUUCCCUAACAUUAACCCUGAACCUAACUCCUAACCCUGAUUGUAAACCUAACCCCUAAGCCUAAAAUAGCCUUUUUCCCUUAUGAGGACCGGCGAAAUGUCCCAACUUUUCCUUGUUUUUUUUGUGUCGCCUAUGUCCAAGUGGUGUAAAAGUUUUAAAACAUUUGGAUGGAAAAACGCUUUCAGUGUAAACUUAAACGACUAAAAUCAGAUAUAAAAUAUGUAGAAAAGAUAAUGGACCUAUAUAUUUUUUUAAUAAUAUCAUCUUUGAGAGUUAGACAGUCGGGGAUAAUUGAAAAUUCCAAAAACAAUGCAUUUAUUUGUAUUCAUUUUGUUAUCAUGUUUGUGCAAAAGAACACAGCAUUAUCCACGGCAGAAUGCAUAGGAUCUUAGUAAACUAACUUUAAAACUACAACAUUUUCUCUCAGCUGCAUGGAAAAAUAUGUAGAAUUGCAGGAAAUUAGCUUUAAAACGGCAAAAUAAAAUCUCAGCUCCAUUGAGAAAUUUGUAGAAUUGCAGGAAAUGGGCUUAAAAAUGAAAAUAAUUCUAAACAGCGCCAAGAUGGGGGGCCUGUAAAAUAUUCUCUACGGUGUAGCCGCGACGACGGCCGGCCAACCGCUCUUAUUGCCACGCCCCCCUUUUUGAUCCAGAAAAAAACCUGAUCACACACACUGGAACACACACACACUGGAACACACACACUGGAACACACACACACACACACACACACACACACACACACACACACACACACACACACACACACACACACACACACACACACACACUGGAACACACACACACACACACUGGAACACACACACACACACACUGGAACACACACACACACACACACUGGAACACACACACACACUGGAACACACACACACACACACACACACACACUGGAACACACACACACACACACACACUGGAACACACACACACACACACUGGAACACGCACACACACACUGGAACACACACACACACACACUGGAACACACACACACACACACACACUGGAACACACACACACACACUGUUUUAAAUGUGUGUAAAUUGUAAAGUAUUUUCGUAUGUAAUGUAUUUUUCGUUAUGUGUCAGACCCCAGGAAGACUAGCUUUCGCCAUUGGCUAAAGGGGAUCCUAAUAAAAAUCAUAUCACACACACACACACACACACACACACACACACACACUAGACGAGGCUUCUAACCAUCACCUGUGAUCCCAGGGCGUGUGGUGUGGACCAGAGAGGAGGCCCUAGCUGACGUUGUUACCAUGGAGAUGGUGGACCUGCCACUCACUGGGACCCAGGCGGAGCUGGAGGGGGAGUUUGGCAAGAAAGCUGGUAAAGAACAUCAAAGAUCAGAGCCUGGCUAACGUUAUUCAUGUUAUGAUUUUAAAAACACACAUAGCAAAGAAAACGUGCAUAAAUAAAAUGAUUGAGGAUGAUACAAAAAAAGUAUUUCUCUAAAACAAUGUGAUCGACGCCUCUGCCAAGUCAUUCCCUUCAAAUAUAUGUAUUUUUUGUAAAUUAAAAAAAAAAUGUGAUGUAUUUUACUUUUAAUAUUUUUUUGGCUUUGUAUAAGUAUUUUUGAUGGCCUAUGUGUGUUACCCCCUGACCGUAUAAUGUUAUUUGACCCUGUCUAAGUUAAGUCCUCUAUGUAUUUGCUAUCUGCAAUUGGCUUAAGUCUCGCUCUAUCUCUUUGGUUUUCUAAUUGCUGCGCUUGGAUCCAGCCAUUCAAGGUAACGCUAUGAGCCUUCCCUCCUUUCCGUUCGCUUGUGUUGUUCUGUGUUGAAGAGGUCUAUUUUGAAAGAUCGGUAGCGAAGUGCUCUCUCAAAGUUUCUGCUUUGUUUGUUGUAUUCUUGUAAUCUGUCAUUAGUUUGUAGAUCCUUGUAGAUCAUCAGUGUUUACCUCAUGGGUAUUUAGUGUCCCCGUUGAAAGAAUCCAUUGACGUCCAAAUAAACUUGCGGGAAACGUAUUGCGGUCCAGCCCUCUAUCAUGACCACAUCACUCUCGAACAAUAAUGGUUUUUUGAAUCUAAGGAAAUAAGAUGUGACUGAAACUGUAGAUAAUAAUGUGUGUCUGUCUGUCCGUGUCUCUCCCUCCCCAGACGGGUUGUUCCCCAUGGUGCUGAAGCGUCUGUCAUCCCAGGUGAUUCUGCUCCAGGUGUGGCUGGCCCACCUGUGGAAGAUGUUCUACGAAGCCCGUAAACCCCGCAGCCAGGUCAAGAAUGAGGUCACCAUAGAAACGCUGUCCAGGGAUGAGUUCAACCUGCAGAAGAUGAUGGUCAUGGUCACCGCCUCGGGGAAGGUGAGAGGAGAGGAGAGGAAGGGAGGGGUGGGGAGAGGAGGGGAGGGGAGGGGAGGAGAGGAGAGGAGAGGAGGGGUGGUAUGUGUGUUUUAUAGAUGGCAGAAGGUGAUCAUCAUGGUCACCGCCUCGGGGAAGGUGAGAAACUACCUGCUUAAAAACAUGCAAAGGUUAGAAAAAGAAUAAAUGAAAAGUGAACUGCUGCUAGAGAUCUACUCUCUGAUGACCUCAGCACCAACAUUGGUAGAGAUCUACUAUCUGAUGACCUCAGCACCAACAUUGGUAGAGAUCUACUCUCUGAUGACCUCAGCACCAACAUUGGUAGAGGGAGGUUCUACUGUCUGUUGACCUCAGCACCAACAUUGGUAGAGGGAGGUUCUGCUGUCUGUUGACCUCAGCACCAACAUUGGUAGAGGGAGGUUCUGCUGUCUGUUGACCUCAGCACCAACAUUGGUAGAGGGAGGUUCUACUGUCUGUUGACCUCAGCACCAACAUUGGUAGAGAUCUGCUGUCUGUUGACCUCAGCACCAACAUUGGUAGAGGGAGGUUCUGCUGUCUGUUGACCUCAGCACCAACAUUGGUAGAGGGAGGUUCUACUGUCUGACCUCAGCACCAACAUUGGUAGAGGGAGGUUCUACUGUCUGACCUCAGCACCAACAUUGGUAGAGAGAGGUUCUACUGUCUGUUGACCUCAGCACCAACAUUGGUAGAGGGAGGUUCUACUGUCUGACCUCAGCACCAACAUUGGUAGAGAUCUGCUGUCUGUUGACCUCAGCACCAACAUUGGUAGAGGGAGGUUCUGCUGUCUGUUGACCUCAGCACCAACAUUGGUAGAGGGAGGUUCUACUGUCUGUUGACCUCAGCACCAACAUUGGUAGAAAUCUGCUGUCUGUUGACCUCAGCACCAACAUUGGUAGAGAUCUGCUGUCUGUUGACCUCAGCACCAACAUUGGUAGAGGGAGGUUCUGCUGUCUGUUGACCUCAGCACCAACAUUGGUAGAGGGAGGUUCUGCUGUCUGUUGACCUCAGCACCAACAUUGGUAGAGGGAGGUUCUGCUGUCUGUUGACCUCAGCACCAACAUUGGUAGCACGUUACUGUCGUCCUAGUGAGGCUCAUAUGCAGGAUGUUAUGUUACUUCAGCUCUAUAAAUUGCUCUGAAU